AUGCCGCAGCACGACACCAGGUCGUGGAACUCUCUUCUGAUCGCUCAUGGUGAAUCUGGCCGCAUCCACCAAGCUCGGCACAUCUUCUCCCGAGUCCAGCAGCCGGAUCACGUUUCCUGGACGUCGAUGAUCGAGGCUUACGUCGCAAACGCGUACCUCGAGGAGGCCAAGGCGCUGUUCGACAGAAUGCCGGAGCAGGACGUGGUUUCAUGCACAGCGCUCAUCACUUCCUUCGCGCAGAGAGGCUAUCCUCACCAGUGCAAGCUUCUGUUUGAUGGAAUGCCCUUCCGGGAUGCCGUGUCCUGGACAGCGCUCAUGUCCGGCUAUGCACAGAACGGCCUCAUGGAAGACGCGCAGGAGGUAAACUCGCGAAAUCCACAACACAGCAUGAUCGGUUGCAACGCAAUGGUGGCGGGUUUCAGCCAGCGAGGAGACUUGGCGCAAGCAAAAGCAGUUUUUGAUGCAAUGCCCGAGAGAGGAACCGUGUCCUGGAACGCUCUCAUGGUUUCGUAUACAAUGACAAGCGCAAACAACCAGCACUACCGCGAUCGAAUGGAACAAGCGCUUGCAAUCUUUGGCUUGAUGCCGGAGCAGGAUAUGGUGGCGUGGACCGCGAUCCUUGCAGCGUAUGCUCAAUCCGGGCAUGUCGAUCAAGCGAAGUUUUUCUUCCAGAGAAUGCCCGCGCAGGAUCUCACGGCGUGGAAUGUGAUAAUCGCGGCUUAUGCUCACAACAGCAGUGGCUAUGGAGCCCAAGUUUUCCGAGAGAUGAGCCUGGCAGGAGUGAGACCUAACGAGACCACUUUCGUCGUCACGCUCACGGGUCUCAGCCACGCUGGUCUGCUCAAACACGGCCGGGAGUGCUUCCUCUCCAUGACUGAAAACUUCCAACCUGUCGGAUCCACGGGGACUCCAAGCUCGGGGCCCGAGCCGCACGGAACGUUCUCAAGUCGGACACGGUGA